CCAGAGGAGACAGAAAAAGGGCGUCGCAAUCGCAACCGCCCGAGCCCGACCGCUCCGUCCCUGUGCAUUGACGCCCGCCAGUGUGCAUUAUUACGCCCCGUCCGCGGUCCGCCGUCGGCCCGCCGGCAACGCCGCGACAGAGCUGAGAUGUCCUUCUUCUUCCGCAUGGCGUCGCGGCUGCGGCCGUCGACGCCGGAGGAGGUGGUCCGCUCCAUCAAGGACUCCUUCCUGGCGCUCCACACGCGGACCCACGCCAAGGCUCUGGAAGAGGUCGAGAAAAAUAUCUCAUCCUUGAGAUUGUUGAUCUAUGGUGAUGGCGAAGUAGAACCAAAUCAAGAGCAGGUCCUACAAAUAACCCUUGAGAUUUGCAAGGAGGACGUCAUUUCCCUGAUCAUCCAGAAUCUUCCUUCUUUGGGUUGGGGAGUAAGAAAAGAUCUGGUUCUCUGCUGGUGCAUUUUUCUUAGGCAGAAAGUUGAUGAAACUUAUUGCUGUGUGCAGUAUAUUGAAAAUCAUCUGGAGCUUUUAGAUUUCCUUGUUGGUUGCUACAAGAACUUGGAUAUUGCAUUGAACUGUGGGAAUAUGCUAAGAGAAUGCAUAAAGUACCCUACACUUGCAAAAUACAUAUUGGAAUCUGGUAGCUUUGAGCUGUUCUUUGAGUAUGUUGAGCUGCCAAACUUUGAUAUUGCUUCAGAUGCUCUGAACACCUUCAAGGAUCUGCUUACCAAGCACGAAGAUGUAGUCGCAGGGUUUUUGAGUUCCCACUACGAGCAGUUUUUUGAACUCUACUCAAGGCUCUUGUCGUCAACUAAUUAUGUAACUAGAAGGCAGGCAAUCAAGUUCCUUUCAGAAUUUCUACUAGAGGCUCCUAACUCUCAAAUAAUGAAGAGAUACAUUGUGGAAGUUCGCUUUUUAAAUAUUAUGAUCAAUCUACUAAAGGAUUCAAGCAAAAAUAUCAGAAUAUGUGCCUUCCAUGUUUUUAAGGUAUUUGUUGCCAAUCCGAACAAGCCUCAGUGUAUCAUUGUAGCUUUGCUAGACAAUCGCAGGGAAGUUUUGAAGCUACUGCACAGUCUUCCUACAAGUAAAGGUGACGAUGAACUUGAUGAGGAGAAAGACCUAAUCAUUCAGGAAAUCCAGAAACUGGCAUAGCCCAAAAGCUUCAAGUUACCAUUUAGCAAUGCAAGAGUGUCUUUCUGGAGGACUUUUAGCACUUGUCAGCCAUAUAAUUCCAAAUGCCAAGAACAAAACCAUGUAUAUCACAUUGCACAUGUAGCCAUCUAGAGCUGUUGUCUUUUUUUUUUUUGGGGGGGGGGGCGGGGGGGGUUCGUUUUUUGUCUCAGGAGACCAUAGCAAAGGAUUGUCUUUUUGACAGAAUUCUACAUAUGAUUUUGCGGUACCAUGAUUUACAGGGAAAAGAGACAGAGAAUCGCACCGUGAGAUUGCCAACCAAA